GAAUGUCAAAAGGUGUGUACUUGAAUUGCCUGGACAUUAAAUUCAAUGGGCCAAAUACUGGAUAAUGAGAUUAAUAUGAAUGGGUGCACUCUGGUCAACGUUGACAGGUUAGACUGAAUAUCCUGUUUGAGGGAUGAAUGUCUCUAAGACCUUAUGGCCCACUGCAGGGUGUCAAAACUCUGAUCUCGCUGAAUCACAGUAUUUCUGCAUCUGCUCAGAUUGUCUUCUAUUCUCGCAACGUAUUGAUGGUUGGGUAUUUGGCGCAGGAAAUACUGAUGCCUGUCAGGCAGUGAUGUAAAUAAUCGGACAUUAUCUUACUGUCGAUGAUCACUGUUUGUCACUUGUGACUGUUACUUUCCACCGAAUGUAGUCUGGGUCUUGCUGCAUGCAGGCACAAAAUACUUCAUUAUUAAAGGAAGGAGCAAAAUCACAUACCCGAAGGAAAAGAGGCUCUCCGAGCACCGAUUGAAGUCCGGUAAUCACUGGAUCGUUACAUACCAGCCAACAACAGACAGAGAUCGAGAAUGGGAGGAGCGAGCUCCAGUGAACAGACGGCGAAGACUGAGACCCCCGCAUUCUUCACACAGGAAGAGCUCAGCAAACUGAAGUCUGAAUUUGAAACAGGUGGGGUGGAAAAAGUUAAACCUCUGAUAGAGAAGAAGGUCACUGAUCUGAACAACACAGAGCUUAACAUCGCAGUGACGGGAGAAGCAGGUGCAGGAAAAUCCGCCUUCAUCAACGCCAUGAGAGGGCUCCGGAGCACCGAUCCGGGUGCAGCUGAAGUUGGGACCACAGAAACAACAAUGGAGCCAAGCGGAUACCCACAUCCCAAUUUGCCCAAUGUUUGCUACUGGGACCUGCCAGGGAUCGGAACUACACGAUUUCCAGCGGGUAAAUACCUGACAAAAAUGAAAUUUAAAAAAUACGAUUUCUUUAUCAUUAUCUCCGCUUUUCGAUUCAGAGAAAGUGAUGCAAAACUUGCCAAAGAGAUUAAACGACUUGGGAAAGACUUCUAUUUUGUCCGCUCUAAGGUUGACCUCGAUCUUUAUUCCACGAGGAAGGAAUACAAGGUUAUUAAUGAAGAAGAAGAGCUGGAAAAGAUUCGGAGCGAUUGCAUCAGGAAGUUGAGAGAGGCAGGGUUCCCGGAUCCAACUGUGUUCCUGAUAUCCAAUUUUGAGCAGGAUCAGUAUGAUUUCAAUGAGUUAAAUAAAGGACUUGAAGGUGAUCUAAAGAAUGUAAAGAAAAGGAUCUUUGUCCUGGCGCUUCCGAACUUAAGUGUGGAAAUAGUUCAGAAGAAAAAUGAGAUUCUGAAGAAGCAUAUCUGGAUGUUCGCAACGCUCUCGGGAGGAUUGGGAGCGGUCCCGGUUCCGGGCUUCUCUCUCGCUUGUGACAUCGGUAUAGUGAUUGGAGCCAUAGUCUAUUUCCGUAAAUGUCUGGGUCUGGAUGAUGCUUCUCUUCAAAGACUGGCCGAAAGGGCAGGUAAACCUGUGGAAGACCUGAAGGCGGAGGUAAAAGCUUCCCUGCUGGGGGAAAUAACCUCAGAUGUAAUUGUAAGGUUAGGUUGGGGCGCUGCUGUUGUUACCGUUUCUGCCCUGGAAUUCGCUCUUGACUUUGUCCCAGUCAUUGGUUCCAUUUUUGGAGCAGGGUCAUCAUUUCUCAUGACCUACAAAAUACUGAGUGCUGCACUGAAGGAUCUUACAGAGAGCGCAGAGGGAGUGGUGAAGGUUGCGUUUGCGUCUGAAUAACUGGUCUGCAGAAACAUCGAUCCAGUGAGUUCAUAUUGUCUUGUGGUUAAUAUUUCGAUGCCGUCUAACGCCAAAUCCUGCUGUAAUUCUAUUCGACAUGUUCACUUAUGUUGUAUUCCUGGAAAUAUUCCUCAUGCAUAUCCUGGGGAUGGGGGGAGGGGGUUCUAAGUUUCAGCAUUUGGGGUAAAACAUGAUGCAAGACUAAAGGAGUGCAACUUUGUCUAUGAAACAUUAAAGUUAAGACAUAUAUGCCCUCAGAAUUGAACUUAAGAGAUCGGUGACUCUAUUUUGAAAAAAAGCUUAUGUGAUUUCCCCACUGCGCUGGCCAAUAUUCAUGUGCCAAUCAACAGCAGUAUUACAGGUUGCCUUAUUAUUAGGUUGCUGUGUGGAAACUGCCGCUCACAGCAUUGAAUGCUUCAAUAUCCCUUCAGUAUCUGUGAAGCACUAAUUAUGACCACGGAAAUUCCACCGGAAACAAAUGUUUACUUCUGGCAGAAGUGUUUGCAUGUUGUCCGAGGAGUAAAAUUUAUAAAUUUGGGAUUCGAAAGAAUCGUUUCCAAUUCCCACACAGGCUGUGCUCAGGCAGUUCUGUAUAUCAAUUGCAAAAAAAUAGUAAAUUUGGCUUAUUCCUGGAACUUUAGAAUUAGAGAGCGGAGGAGGCAAUUAUUCCCCCUCUGACAGUAAAACCUUGGCCCUCUUCCCAAUGAUUGUGACAAACCAUGCCCAGUCCCUCUGUGGUGUCUCUGUUUAUUGCCAAUCCAGAAUAUCGUUAUUGGUAUGGGUUUACCGAAGAGACAAGCCCAAUGGUUUUGGGGGCUUAAUUUGUUUUGAGAACUGGUAGUUCGUAUACUGGUGUAUGUUACCACUCAGGUUAGUGCUGCUCACUCCUAUUGCAUUCCAAGUAGGAGAUAAAGUUCAUCAUUACAACCUGACUCCCAGUGCGCAGUGAACAUAAUCUGAUCACCGAUCGACACCUAGGUUAGUUGUCCAAUGCAACUGAAAACAAUUUCUGUCUUCACUGCAUGAUUCUCCAAGUGCUGACUUUAAACAGUGGCUGCACCCAAGAUGUCUGUCCUGAGUUUGAAUAAGUUUUCUGCAGUUCCUCCGCAAUCAAAAAUAUUGUUUUUUCCACUGAAGGAGCAUCAGAUAAUGUAGCAACUGAGGGAAGUGACCAUUAAUAAAACAAAGCUUAUCACAGUGGGAACUGAAAACCUGUGUUGGAUGUUGACCCUUCCAUCGGUAUUCCCUUUGACAGGCCACACCUCACACAGUCAUCUGCCCAUAUUUCAAUCACCCCAAAUUCUCUUAAACAACCGCUCCUUAUGUCUAGAGCUUGAUAGAACGUAAUAUUCGUAGCAAUCAAUAAAUUCUAAUACAAAUCACUGAUUUCUGCCAGCCUCCAAUAGCUCUCUUAUGGUCACCUACAUUAUAAGAAUGACUAAGUCCUUCAUUGGUUAUAAAUCAAAUUGGCACAAUCAGCUCAGCUCCAAGGCAUGUAAAUGUUAGGUACUGCAUAUUUGUUCUCUGUUAGAAGGCCUGUUGAGUGAGAUAUUCUUCAUGUAAUGGUGAAGGGAAAACUUGCCUGAAAUUCCGGUACUCAUUGUCUGCAAUUUUUACAGAUGUAAACAGCUGUGAGCAAUGAACUGAAAACCAAUACGAGUGAAACUUGGAAAUGUAGAGGGACGUGUAUUGUCUUUAGUUUCAGUCAACAUGUCGAAUUUUGAAUGUUGUUGAGAAAAGCUAGAUCUAAUAUUACUUUUACGAGCACUUUCUUGCGACGGAUCAGUAUCGUUGCUUGAUCAUCGGUAGCUGACCGUUAAGAAGCAUUUUUGGGCAUGGGCAUAGGGAGAUCGAGAGGUGGAAGAACAACAGCAAUGGCCUCCAACCUCCAGGAUAUGACAUACAUCUAUUUCAGUUCGGUUACUUAUGAGAAUACAAAUGGUCGAAAACACUGUAACUGGGGUCUAUGCUUUCUUGUAGCCUUAAAAGCGAAAUGAUCAAUGAUAAACAUUAGUCGAAAGAAGGCACAGCUAGGGGGACUGCAAUAUAAUAAUAAGAAGCACCUUAUAUAAUGCAGCCAAUUGCUUCUUUAUAAAAUUAACAGUGCAGGAAAAAAAGACAGCUGAAACUUGGGGGUAAUGUAUAUAUGCCUCUAACAAUUGGGAUGUCAUAAACAAAUGGUUGAAAAAUCAAGUACCACCCCACCAUCUGUACUAACCUCUGAGGUUUAUAAAAGGACAGAUUUUCACAGCCUGUGUUCAGUGCUCAUUGAUCAGCUAAGUUUCACUGACCUUCAACAGAUCCUCCGAAUAAAAACAUCCUUAGAGAAUUUGACCCAAAGUUCAUGGCAAGUGCCGGCGUCUAGGAGGGUCUUCCAUAUUUAAAUCUCGUUUAAAAUCUUCAAACAGCUGUAGGUAGUUCACCCUGACGCAGAUUCUAUGAGUUUAUCAUGAACACUUCUCGAUGGGGUAAAAGGAUUCAUGACUCAUACAGCACAACAACUAAGAAUUAUUCUAAAAAGUUUAUGAACAGUUAUUUCAAUUAUGAAUUCAUAAUGCAAAAGGCAAUGAAUAAACUAACAACAUAUUCCAAGAUGUCAGAAGAAAUUGCAUGAUAUUGAAAUAAUAAACAUAAUUUUUACAUAUUAAUUGCAACUAAAUUAAACUCACAUAUUAUUCUUUUCAACUCUAAUACUGGGUGUGAAAAAUCCUUUAGGAUCACUUGGAACAAACUGCUCUGGUUGGUACCCGUGCUGUGUCAUGCCUAAUAUCUCUCAAAAUAUUACAAAGUCUUAAGAAAACGAAACUCAGUCUUGAAAAUUGAUUGAAAACCCUCCCUUUAUGAUUGUAUAAAUGUAUCUAGGCUGUUCCACUAUAAGUCCAAGUAUCCAUGAAUUUAGUUGGAUCCUGCCAUUAAUUUUAACUGGAGAUUUGUUUCGAGAGUAAGAGACUUUGAGGACCCUUGUGAAUGCUUACUUGUUGACAUGAGAUUUCUGUGGCAGUCCUCCCACAGAACUCUUUGUGGAAAACAGAUGGAUAAAUUGUAGCCUUGGAUGAGUUGUUUGUAAAUGAAUACUCAUUUCAUGGAUUACUUUGCUUACUCCCUCGUGUAAAAUAAAAAAAAAUAAAUACUGCAGUUGCUGGAAAAGUGAAGAGAAAUCCAAGCGUGGGAGAUACUCAGCAGAUCAGGCAGCAGGUAUGGAGAGAGAAAGAGCUUACAGGAUUCAAGACAAUUCCCUUCAUUUGAGACUGCUUCAAACGUUUUAUCAAACAUUUCAAUGGUUUCUCCUUAUAGAGCGGAUGAACAUAUGGAUCAAUUUCUCGUCAAUGUUGGUUUACCGUGAAUUGAAUGUAUUCUUACUUUGACUAAACCAUCGCAAAAUAUAGUUUCAUUGAUGAACGAAUACAGACAAAACAAUGAAAUACUUUUAAGUAAACACAAUUCUUUUAAUUUUCUCCAAUUAAUUUGAUACUCUGCUGUAUUACAUGGUUCUUUAUUUUGUUAUGGGGAAUCUAGAUGGAUAUAAUUGAAUAAAAUGGUACAGCAUGAUGACCUGGAUAUUUAUGGUGAGCAUUGAGUACUCCCAAGCUUUAUUCCCUUUACUUUCAUCUUCAGAAUAAUUGGCAGGUCUCCAGCGAAGACGUGAUGCGGUUAGCUUUACACCCGAUCCGUCAAUAAUGUUAUUACCAGGAAUGGUGCCAUCAAAGAUGACAUGAAUUUGGCAAGUUCCCAGAAAAUUCACCAAUAACAAACAUAAACAAAACAGCUUUGGAUCACUCAACAGGGGCAUUGCUUUAGUACUUGGUGAAGUGAAGUGUAAUCUAUGUCGGGCCAUAAUGUAUAUACAUUAAAAGACAGGAGUUGUGAAAUCGCUGGGAGUGGGAACAAGGAGAGGAAAAUGAUCCGCAAGAAGCACGUUCAGAAUGGCAGCUGCAGUGGGAUUAACGUGUGGAAGCAUCUUAUACCAGCUGACUGGAAAGCUUCCGCUGCAUUACGGAUUCGAACAGCCGAUUGAAAUCAGUGAUAUGAUAUAUUGUCGUGUUCUUCUGUGAUAAAUUGACAAUGUUCCAAAUGUGUAUAUUGUUGAUUCA